CUCCAUCUUCCAUCCUUGACUGUUAACUAGGUUGCUCGAAUCAAACUAGCUAGCCCUAUAAAAUUCUUCACUCAGGUGUAGUACUGCGGUAGUGCAGCACGAGAUCGAUUAUGGAGUUGGGUAGUAGUGCUACCAUGUCUCGAGAGCUGGUCGUCCUAGCGUUCACGUACGUGCUUGUCCACUAUCUCACAGGGGUCAUUCUCCGGAGCAAACGGGCGUCGCUGCCUUUGCCACCCGGCCCGCGAGGCUACCCGGUGGUUGGGGCGCUGCCCCUGCUGGGCCGGGCGCCGCACCGAGCACUCGCAGCCCUGGCUAGGCUGCACGGCCCCAUCAUGCACCUGACCCUUGGAAGGCAAGGCCUCGUGGUCGCUUCCACGCCGGAGUCGGCGCGCCUCCUGCUCAAGGACCACGGCGGCAGCUUCCUCGACCGCCCGGUGGACGACGCCGGGCCCAUGGUGCUGGCGUACGGCGCCCAGGACCUUGUUUUCGCGCCCUAUGGCCCCAAGUGGCGCCGCCUGCGCCGGGAGUGCAGCGCGGGCCUCCUUGGCCCCAAGGCGCUCGCCGACUGGGCCGACACGCGUCACGAGGAGGUCGGCCGUAUGGUCCGUGCGAUGAGCCGGCGGGGCGAGGCGUUGGAGGUGCCGGAGUUCCUGUUCGCCGCAAUGGCAAACAUGAUUGGGCAGGCGGUGGUGGGUCGGCGAGUGCUCGACGAGGCUGGCGGCGAGGCCACGAGGGAGUUCAAGGAGAUGGUGGUGGAGCUGAUGACCACGGCGGGGCUGGUGAACAUCGGCGACUUUGUGCCGGCGGUAGCGUGGAUGGACCUGCAGGGGCUCGGCCGGAGGAUGCGGCGGCUAACGACGAGGCUGGACAGGGCCUGGAGCCGGUUGCUGUCCGAUCACGAGGUGGCCAUGGCUAACAGGAAGCAAGACGGGAGCCGCCGUACAGACCUAGUUGACCGGCUGAUCGCAUGUCGUGACCAUGCCGAGGACGUGGGGGACGGCGUCACAGACCUCAACAUCAAAGCUGUACUUAACAACCUGUUCACGGCGGGGACGGACACUUCGUCGAGCACAAUCGAGUGGGCGCUGGCCGAAAUGCUGGUGAACUCGGCGAUACUACAACAGGCGCAGGCGGAGAUGGACGAGGUGGUAGGCCGAGAUCGGCUACUCCAGGAAUCCGACAUCCGGCACCUCCCCUACCUCCGUGCCAUCUGCAAGGAGACCUUCCGCAAGCACCCCUCCACACCACUCAACCUCCCCCGUAUCUCCACCGAGCCAUGUAAAGUGCAGGGGUACCAUAUCCCCAAGGGCACGAGGUUGGUCGUGAACAUAUGGGCGAUCGGGCGGGACCCGGCGGUGUGGCCCGAGCCGGAGAGGUUCGACCCUGGGAGGUUCAUGACCGAGGAGGGGAGGAAGGUGGAGCCCAUGGGGAGUCACUUCCAACUGAUCCCGUUUGGCGCGGGCCGAAGGAUGUGCGCGGGGGCGCGCAUGGGAGUGGCAUUGAACAUAUAAACAACGCUACACUACCCGCCCAUAGGAAGCACUUGCGAUCGUUAAGUCAGUUGGUCCGUUGGAUUUCACUGCGACAGGACUUUUUACAGUGCUGUCAGAGUCUUAGCCAUUGGUUAUUCGUGACUCCUUUGUUUCAAUUAUUUGCAUGACGGGUGGGCCUCAAAUUUCCCCAGGCCCAGCAUCCUCAUGCGUCCUGUGCGCGUCCUGGGUGAGAAAAGGAAGGCGUGGGGCUGGAUCGUGGUGCACGGUGAAAACCUAGCCACCAAUCCCUCGCAUCCCCGAACAACCAAUCCCUCCGCUCCCCUCGAGCCCCGCUCCCCUCCUCUCCUGCCCUCCCCUGCGUUGCCGCCUCCUCCCCUUCUCCCCUGCUCUCCACUACGCCGCCUCCUCCGCCCUUUCACUUUUCUCUCCCGCGGCGGCGACGAUCUGCAGGCAAAAGGCGACGCCGACGGUGCUCGAUUCGAUCUGCAGGAGAGAGAGAAGAUAAGAGGGAGAGAGAGAGAAGGAAGGAGAGGAGGGAGAACUCCGUUGCCGCCACGUGCCGUGCUUCUGGAUCGAGCGCUGCCUGACCAAGGGAUAAGAGUAUGAGCUGCUGAAGCAGGUGCGGCGCUGGUGCACUGCUGGCGAAGCGGUCGUCGACGGUGCCGUCGACGUCGUCCUUGGCAGAAGUUCUCUAUGCAACAUCUAUUGCAGAAUUUUAUUCUCAGCUUCAUCGGCGUCAGCUUCAUCACCAAGAGGACGGACUCCGGAAGGCAGCCCCCUCCUAAGGCGCCAGGGCCGGUAACUCCCGAAACGUCCAUCCUUCCUAACAUUAUUUUCUGGUGAUGCACCGUUAGGGUUCGUGUUCAUUGCCAUUUUGGAUUCAUAUGUGAAGUCUAUUGUUGUUAAUUACAGUUAACUAAUUUCUUAAUUCAUGGUUGUUUUAGUUGCUGACCAUAUGAUUGGUAGCCUUGGACAGAAGAGGGCCAGCAACAAACAGAAGCAACCACUGUCCUGUCCAGAACAUGCAGGGAUCAGCUUUGGUGGCAUCCGAUGCUGCCAGGCCACGGGGUUAGAGCAGAGGAGGCUGACAUGGUGUUCGACAUUCAGAUGGUCAUUGUGAUCGACCAGAUGCGGCGCCUCAUGUCACCCCGAGCCUCCAGGACUUGUUAGCGGUGCUCAUAAAGUAAGCUCAUAGAGUAAGAAUAUGCUUGCAAGUGCUCAUUUCCCAUAUGCUUGCCCACUCCUGUCUCGCAUCAAGCUUUCAUUUAUUUCCCUAAAAUUCCUCUAAUUUUGUUGUGUGCAUGUCUGAGAAAGAAAUAAGAGGAAUAAGCUAUGGUACGUCUUGGCGAAGUACAUUAUUUCCCUGGCUUGUGAAGUUAAUGCGCCCAAAUUCGCGUACAGUCUGGUUUCGGACUAACAAUGGCUCCUUGUGUUAUAUUGCAACUAGAAAAAGAGAUGGGCAUAAUAAAGAAGCUUGGUGAACAAAUAUAUAUCUGAACCCUCUACACAGUAUAGAUGCUAUAAUUUUUGUUAAAUGGAAGUUAGAUUCAGAUUCUUAAAAAUAUUAUCAUUCAGUCCUAUACAUACAAAGUACCUGCAACCCGCAUCUCUAAACAACGCGAACCUAUCCACAAUCAUAAACUUGUGUAUUGAUCCUCCAUUCAGAUUUCUUAUUAGCUCAUUCUGGCCUGUGUGAAAUUUUUGUGUUUGCUUUACAAUGGCCCAAUGCAUUUCGGUCGAUAUAUAUGUGAUGCCAUUGGUUGGCCUGGAUCGGAUAGCUAGGUUUGAUCGAUUCGGUUAAUAUAUGUUUAUGUUUCUGUUUAGGUUUCAGCACCUUUUGAUGCGUGUGCGUGCUGCCAUUGAUUAACUUCAUCUGUUUUGCUGGCUAUUCUAUGUGCAUUUACAUGUAUAGGAUAGUCAUUUUGAUUCAGUUAAGAUAUGUUCAGAUUUCUGUUUAGAUUUCGGCACCUUUUAAAUGUGCUACCAUGGGGUAACCUGAGUCUAUUUUAAUGGCAACGGGACCUGCAAGUGCAUGGCCCACUGCUAAUAGUCCUAGAAGCGAUCGAAAUUGUUGCUAUUUUGACUUUGUCUGCUACAUGGACUGCUAUUCUGAUCUCUAUGUUUUCCCAUUGCUUCAUUCAGUAUGUCCACGUAAAACCAGAAAUUACAUGCAUUUGAAUGAUGAUAGCUUAGCACUCGAUGAUAAAUGUGAUGUUGUUUUAUGUUAAUGUGAAACCCGAUCUAUCGGUUGUUAGUUUGAAUCAGUACCCAAGCCAUCCUCCUCACUGCCCUCCUCUUAGUUAUUUAGGUAGUUCUUCCUUCUUGGGUAACAAUGAGAAAACGAUUAGGUUGGUUACACAGUAUACUUCAUGAUUGCGGUAGGCACAAAAUGCUUGGCAGACUAAAAUAACUAUGCCUCAUUUCUAUUAUCAAGCUCUAAGUGUAUAUUGAGAUGCCUUUGUACAAUGGAAGAUCCAUGGGGUUGUUUGUUUGCUUGUAGAUUUUCGUGCAGAUAUUUGAAUUGUGCAAAUUUUUAAUUUGAGUUAUAAUUUGUUGUCUCUCGAUGUCGCUAAUUUUGUAUGAGCUGGAGGUGACCAUUAUCAUGUUCUUUCUAUUUUUUAUAGACAAUGUUUUAUUUCUAAUAUUUAGUUUCAUUCCAAGAUUAAUGAUGCUUUCACUCUGUUUUCAAAUUGACAAUUUCCGCCGACCGUUGUUGCACUCAAUGAUGGUUGAUGCCAACGUCGUCCAUUAGCAUUUAUUAUGUUGAAAAUUGCUUCACUCGGUCAUCUCUGCUUUUGACGCCACAAAAACAUGUGACAACUAAUUUAUGCUUGAUUAUUUGCUCAUUUUUAUUCCUUAUACAUUUAGCUCUUGUCCUUGAUUAGUUCAUUUGCAAGGAGAGUGUUUGUGUUCAACAUAAUAUUCCAUUUCCAGGUUUGCACUAAAACUAACUGCAAUAGAAGAAAGUGCAUGAAGAAUGAACAAGGAAAAGCUACAGAUUGAUAUGUAUAGGUUACAAAUUUUUCUACCUCCACCCCAUAUUCCCACUUAUGGUUCAGUGAAGAGUAUGAUUUCUCGCUUGGGAGGAUGCCAUACACAAGAUAUGCAUUUGUUUCCGAUGCCUUUUCAUUACAGUUGCUUUUGUUUAAAUUAUAAAGAGUUAAAUACAUCAUGAGUGCCUAAACUUGUUCGUUGCGCUCAGUUUAGUGCCUAAACUUGUAAAAUACAAAAAAAAUGGUGCUAUAACUUGUCGCACGGUGCAUAUACGGUGCCUCCACCCGUAUGCCAUCGUAUUUGCUCUCUGUGUGGCGUGACAACUGGCAGCUGGCCCACAGAUCAGUGGGUGAGCGUUGUCUGCGCUGGGUGAAAUGCAUACGAGUUGUUUUUGCAGAAAUUUACGUGAGAUUUAAUUAAAGUCACAAAUAAGCCAUUGUUCUAUAUGCUAAUAACAGGAAAAAAAUUACUGUGUCAUUGAAUUGGUUUUGACCUUGGGACCUCCAGGUUAAAUAGCACGCACGCUAGACGCCAAGACUAAUAUUACUUAUACAAUCUACUAUCGCUCUGCAAUUUCCAUUAUAUUGUUUUCAAGUUACCGUUUGGUUUUUACAAUAUAUGUAAAAUUUCCAAUAUACAAAUACGCAACAAUUGUCUAUUAAAAUCUUUAUUCUAUUUUUAUUAUUUGUAGUUUGAAGAGGUAAACCCGAACUGUUUGUAAAAUUUAUAUGGAUUUAAAAAGUUCAACAUAUAUUAUAAAAUAUUGCCUAACUUUUUUGUAUCUUCAUCCAGAACUAUUUUGUAUCUUCAUUGUAUUUUUAAAAUACAUAAUUAUUUAAAAAUCAACAAAGUUGUAUUUUGAAAAUUGUUCAAUAUGUAUUAAAAAUGAUUGUGUAAAAAGAAUAAAUUCAAUAAAUGGGUUAAAACAUGUUAAACGUGUUUGUAGAAAUGUAAGAAUAAUUUUACACAAUAAUUAUUUUAAUACAUAUAGAACAUUUUAUGAAAUUGAUGUUGUAAUUUUUUUUGAAUGCGUGACGGUCAUUUUUCAAAUACACGUUUACAAUGUCUUAAUAGAAGUGAGAAUUUUCCAAAAAUAUGUUGACUUUUUGGAAAAAUACACGUUGAAAAUGCACUGUUCUUGGCCUAUUGGUUAGCACAUGUGCACAUUGUGCGCGAGGUAAUGAAGUCGAAUGCUGCCGGUGUGUGCUCUUUUUUCUUGUUAUUACACUCUAUUUUAUCCCACAUGCUGACAUGCAGGGCGUAGAUCUGACAGAUGAGGUAAAUGCAGUUUGGCAUAUUUAAAUAAAAAAUAUCAGGAGGUUUUGUGAAAAUUAUUUAAAGUACAAGGAAUUUUCUGUAAAACAACUAGCACACACCUCUCACAGGAAUUGACAUGUGGGUCGACGCCAUGUUGACACACCAUGUGGGCUUUGCAUAUGCCUAAAUACGGACAGAGGCACUGUAUUUGAACGUUCAAACAAGUUACGACACCAGUUUCAUGUAUUUUACAAGUUUAGGCAUCAAAGUGAUCGCAUCGGACAAGUUGAGGCACCCGUGAUGUAUUUAGCUCAAUUAUAAAAGCAGCCUUCUAGAGCAGAUCAUUUUUUAUGGAUAUAUGACGACAGGUUUGCGAUUGCAUUGUCAAAAGCAAACCUAGGGUGUUUGAUGUUUCCAUGUAGUUUUAAAACAACCUCCUAGCACUGUUCAUUAUAUAUAUACAUUGAUGCGCUUCUCCAUAUUUGAGGCAUCGUUUGGGUUUUAUCUACUUGUCCAUGAAGGAUGCUUCAUGAGGAAAAUUCCUCAUAUAAUAUUUUUUGAGAGGAAGAGUUUAGGGAGUACUAUAAUUCUGAAGAUAUGCCAGAGAAUUGAAUAUGAACUCACAUAAAGAAUCGAGAUUACAAACGUAGAGGCUUCACUAGAAGAGAGGCCCUUUCUGUAGAUCACAAGAGACAUGUUUUUUGUAGGUACAAGAACCAUAUUUCUAUUUACGAUUAUCUCCUAGCAAUGAAAGUCGUAUGUGACAAACAUGAAUAAGCUAGGGGAAAGGUCAACUGCUCUCUUCCUUUUUGUUUUGAGUGUUAACUUCUGUUUUCAAUUUCCAACUUUGUGCAACUAUUUUCUAUAUAUGUAUAGGUGCUUGCUAUGUUAGAGAUAAAAAAGGAUCUUGGUUACAGCAAGCCACGUGGGGGUUACAGCAAGCCACGUGAGCACAUGGCAUGGAGAAAUGCCAGUGUUCUUGAAAUCCCUUGUUGCAUUUGUUCUUUGUCCUUCUGGGAUGUUACUAAGACAUCCUUUACUAAGACAUCAUUUUCUUAGGUAUUGAGUAGGAUUUUAGCUGCACAACUUGUUGAAAAAAAUCAAUGCUUAAGUUGACGAUAAGGUGAUGUUUGGCCUUGGCCUUUUGUUCUAAUCAUUUGUUGUUAUUAUCACAUAUCAUUUCAUCAUUUUUUUUGGCUUCAUUCUUUCCUUCCUGCUUGCGGCAGGUAGAAGACUCGGGUAAUGGGCAGGUAGAAGACUCGGGCAACGGUUAAUUGACAAGCACUAUAUACACAAUGCAUCUCUGCUAAUAUAGCUUACUUUAUAAAGCCAUCAAUGUAUGCUAUUAUCAAGUGAUUUGAAUAUUUUAUUUUAAGCUAUCAUAUAAUGGAAUAUAAGUAUCCAUUAACUUGGUUCUAAACCAGUCUAAUAUGCAUGGUUUGAAUGCUCGGCUUGCUCUCCUUUUUGCGUGAUAUGAAUAUUUUCUUUUAAGCUAUAAUGUAAUGGAAUGUAAGCAUUUAUUAAGUUGGUUUAAAUCAAUCUCAUAUGCAUGAUUUUAA